GGGGACAUCUGGGGGGCUGAGGGUGGCAGAGCCGGGGGGACGCGGGUGCGGUGCCCGCUGGUGGCAUUUGGAAGGUUUGGGGGUGGCAGAGCUGAGGGGACACGGGUGCGGUGCCCACCCGGUGGCAUUUGGGUGGCCGAGGGUGGCAGAGCUGGGGCUACCGUUGUGGUGCCCGCCUGGUGACAUCUCGGUGGCACUUGGACGGUUUGGGGUGGCAGAGCUCAAGGUACACGGGUGCGGUGCCCACCUGGUGGCAUUUGGAAGGUUUGGGGGUGGCAGAGCUCGGGGCACACGGGUGUGGUGCCCACCUGGUGGCAUUUGGAAGGUUUGGGGGUGGCAGAGCUCGGGGCACACGGGUGUGGUGCCCACCUGGUGGCAUUUGGGAGGGGCUGAGGGGGACGCUGCUGUGGUGCCCUUUGGGUGCCCGUUGGGUGCCCUUUGGGUGCCCAUAGCGUGACAUUGAGAGGUGGCAGAGCUGGGGACGCCGCUGUGGCACCCACUGGGUGACACCUGGGUGGCGUUCAGAGGUGGCAGGGUGGGGACACCCCUUGGUGCCCUUUGGAUGCCAGUCAGGGCUGAUGUGCAGGAGCUGGGAGUGGCAGAGCCGCUCCUUGUGGUGCCCUCGGGUGGCACCCGGUGACAGCUGGGUGGCACUGGGGAGACCGAGAGUGGCAGAGCAGGGGGACACCUCCAUGGUGCCCAUCAGGUGCCCCUUGGGUGGCAUUUGGGUGACGUUUGGACGGGCUGAGAGUGGCAGAGUGGGGACAAUGUUGCGGUGCCCAUCAGGUGCCACUUGGGUGCCACUUGGGUGCCGUUUGGAGGGGCUGGGGUGACAGAAUGGAGGGGACACUGCUGUGGUGCCCUUUGGGUGGCAUCGGGUGACAUUUAGGUGCCAUCUGGGUGUGGUUGGAGGAACCAAAGGUGGCAGAGCCGUGGGGACACCGCCGUGGUGCCCUUUGGGUGCCAUUUGGAGGACCUGGAGGUGGCAGAACGUGGGUACAAUGCCACGAUGCCCGCUGGUGCCAUCCGGGUGCGGUUUGGAGGAACCAAAGGUGGCAGAGCCAUGGGGACACCGCUGUGGUGCCCUUUGGGUGGCAUUCGGGUGACAUUUGGAGGAACUGGGGUGGCAGAACGUGGGGAUGAUGCCGUGGUGCCCUUCGGGUGCCAUUUGGGUGUCGUUGGAGGACCUGAAGGUGGCAGAGCCAUGGGCACAUGGUCGUGGUGCCCGCUGGUGACAUUUGGGUGACGUUUGGAGGAACUGGGGUGGCAGAACGGAGGGGACACCACUGUGGUGGGCACUGGGUGACGUUUGGAGGAACCGGAGGUGGCAGAACGUGGGUACAAUGCCACGAUGCCCACUGGUGCCAUCUGGGCGCGGUUUGGCGGAACCGAAGGCGCCGGAGCUGUGGCGACACCUCCUCGGUGCCCAUCAGGAACCCCUCGAGGUGCCGCCGCCGUGCCACCGCCCCGUCCCUGUGCCCGCAGGCGUCGCCGUCGCUGACCCCGGUGCACCAGGCCGGCGUCUGCGCCUUCUAUGGCGAGUGCGGCCGCAACCCCGAGGUGAACUCGUCUCUGGUGCCCUCCAAGGUGCCCUGCCUGUCCAACACGCCGGCGCGGGAGGCGCGGGGCGCCCUGCUGUCCCUGCUGCGCGUGGUGUGCCCCGAGCUGGCCGCGGGCGACGACGGCACCGCGCGGGUUUGCUGCAGCUACGCCCAGCUGGUCGCGCUGCGCCGCAGCGUGGAGCUGUCGGGCGCCGUCCUGGCACGGUGCCCGUCCUGCGCCCGCAACUUCGCCAACCUCUACUGCCACAACAUCUGCAGCCCCGACCAGAGCCUGUUCACCAACGUCACCCGCGUGGCCGACUACGCGGCGCUGCCCGGCGCCCGGGCCGUGCUGGAGUACCAGCUCUUCUACCGCAGCCGCUACGCCGAGGCCGCCUUCGCCUCGUGCCGCGACGUGCGGAUGCCCGCCACGGGCGGCUACGCCAUCGCCACCAUGUGCGGGCGCUACGGUGCCCAGCUGUGCACGGCCCAGCGCUGGCUGGACUUCCAGGGCGACAAGAACAACGGGCUGGCGCCGCUGCAGAUCGACUUCCAGCUGCUGCCCGACGGCUCCGAGCCCGGCCAGGGCAUCGCCCCGCUGGACGCACCCGUCUGGGGCUGCGACCGAGCGCCCGACGCCGAGCAGGAGCCGUGCUCGUGCCAGGACUGCCCCCGGGCGUGCCCGCCCACGGUGCCCCCCGCCGACCCUCCGCCGCCGUUCCGCAUCGGCCGCGCCGACGGCGUGCUGGUCAUCUGCGCGCUGCUCUUCGCCGGCCUGGCCCUGGCCUUCCUGCUGGCCGUGCUGUGCCGCCGGGCCGAGGCCGAGGCGGCGCCGAGGCCGCGUGCCCGCGGGUGCUCGCGGCGGCUCAGCGAGGCCUGGCAGCGCGGCCUGGAGCGGGCGUUCCGCCGCUGGGGCACCCUGGUGGCCACCUGGCCGCUGGCCGUGCUGGCCGUGGCCGUGGCCGUGGCCGCGGGGCUCUCGGCCGGGCUGGCGACCCUGCGGCUCACCACGGACCCCGUGCAGCUCUGGUCGGCGCCGGGCAGCCGCGCCAGGCAGGAGAAGGAGUUCCACGACCGCCACUUCGGGCCCUUCCUGCGCACCAACCAGGUGAUCGUGACGGCGCCCGGGCGCCCGGGCACCACCGCCUACGACUCGGUGGUGCUGGGCACCAAGAACUUCAGCGGGGUGCUGGCCCAGGACGUGCUGCUGGCGCUGCUGGAGCUGCAGGAGGAGCUGGCGGGCACCGCGGCGUGGGCGCGGGGCAGGAACGUCACCCUGCGGGACGUGUGCUACGCCCCCCUGAACCCCGCGGCGCCCGGCGUGGGCGACUGCGCCGUGUCCAGCGUCACGCAGUACUUCCAGAACAACCGCAGCCGCCUGGCGCUCCGCGGCUGGCAGCAGGAUGGCAAAGUGCAGGGCGCCGUCGACUGGCACGACCACCUCAUCUACUGCGUCAACUCCCCGCUCUCCUUCAAGGACAUCACGGCGCUGGAGCUGAGCUGCAUGGCCGAGUACGGCGGGCCGGUGUUCCCGUACAUCGCGCUGGGCGGGUACCGCGAGUCCGAGUACACGGAGGCCGAGGCGCUCAUUGUCACCUACUCGCUGAACAAUUUCCCCGCGGGGGACCCGCGCCUGGAGUGGGCGCUGAGCUGGGAGCGGCAGUUCCUGAGCGUGGUGCGCGACUUCCAGCGGCGCCACCGCCACAACCUCUCGGUCACCUUCAUGGCCGAGCGCUCUCUGGAGGACGAGAUCAACCGCACGAGCGGGGAGGACAUCCCGGUGUUCGCCGUCAGUUACCUGCUGGUGUUCGCCUACAUCGCGCUGGCCCUGGGCGAGUACACGGCCUGGAGGAGGCUCCUGGUGGAGUCCAAGGUGACGCUGGCGCUCGGGGGCAUCGUGGUGGUGCUGGGCGCCGUGCUGGCCGCCAUGGGGCUGCUGGCACUGCUGGGGCUGCCCUCGUCCCUCAUCAUCAUCGAGGUCGUGCCCUUCCUCGUGCUGGCCGUGGGCGCCGACAACAUCUUCAUCUUCGUGCAGGAGCUGCAGCAGUCGCAUCGGGAGCCGGGCGAGACGCGGGAGCAGCACCUGGGGCGGGUGCUGGCACAGGUGGCACCGAGCAUGCUGCUCUGCAGCCUCUCCGAGACCAUCUGCUUCCUGUUCGGUGCCCUCUCGUCCAUGCCCGCCGUGCGCACGUUCGCCCUGACGGCCGCGCUCGCCAUCGCGCUGGACUUCGUGCUGCAGAUGUCCGGCUUCGUGGCACUGGUGGCGCUCGACAGGCGGCGACAGGAGGCCGGGCGCUUCGACCUCUGCUGCUGCUGCGGGACGGGCAAGGGGGGCACGGCCGGGGCGGGCCGGGGGCUGCUGCGCCCCUUCCUGGAGCGCUGCUACACCCCCGUGCUGCUGCACCCCCUCGUGAGACCCGCCGUGGUGCUGCUGUUCCUGUUCCUGGCCUGCUCCGGGCUCUUCCUGCUCUUCCACGUGUCCGUGGGGCUGGACCAGGAGCUGGCACUGCCCGAGGACUCGUACCUGCUCGAGUACUACUCGGCCAUGAACCGGUACCUGGCCGUGGGCGUGCCCACCUACUUCGUCACCACGGGCGGGUACAACUUCUCCUCGGAGAACGGCACCAACGCCAUCUGCUCCAGCUCGGGCUGCGACGCCAACUCGCUGACGCAGAGCAUCCAGCUGGCCACGCGCUACCCCAACGUGUCCUACCUGGCCAUCCCGGCCACCUCGUGGCUGGACGAUUUCCUGGACUGGCUGAACCCCACGGUGCGCUGCUGCCGCGUCCACCUGAGCGGGCAGCACAAGGGCGAGUUCUGCCCCUCCACCAGCUCUGACCCCAGCUGCAUCCUGGGGCAGUGCCUGAAGCGGCUGCGCCGCCCCACGGACGAGGAGUUCCAGCGGUUCCUGCCCUGGUUCCUGCAGGACCGGCCCUCCCUGCACUGCCCCAAGGGUGGCCUGGGCGCCUACGACACCUCGGUGAGCAUGGACGACAAUGGCACCAUCCUGGCCACCCGGUUCAUGGCGUACCAGCGCCCGCUGCGCACGUCGCAGGAGUACACGGGUGCCCUGCGCGCCGCCCGCGCCCUGGCAGAGUACAUCACCACCACCCUGCGCGCCGUGCCCGGCACCGACCCCGCCUUCCGCGUCUUCCCCUACACGGUGACGUACGUGUACUACGAGCAGUACCUGACGGUGGUGCCCGAGGGGCUGCUGACGCUGGCACUGUGCCUGGUGCCCACCUUCGCCGUGUCCUUCCUGCUGCUGGGCAUGGACGGGCGCUCCAGCCUGGCCACGCUGCUGACCAUCGCCAUGGCACUGCUGGGCACCGUGGGCUGCAUGGCGCUCUGGGCAGUGCCCUACAACGCCGUGGCACUCAUCAACCUGGUGGCGGCCGUGGGCAUCUCGGUGGAGUUCGUGUCCCACAUCACCUGCGCCUUCGCCCGCAGCCGCCAGCCCACGCGGGUGGCACGAGCCAAGGAGGCCACGGUCACCAUGGGCAGCAAGGUGGUGGCGGGGGUGGCCAUGACCAACCUGCCCGGCGUGGUGGUGCUGGCCUUCGCCAAGGCGCGGCUCGUGCAGAUUUUCUUCUUCCGCCUCAACCUGAUCGUCACCCUGCUGGGGCUGGCACACGGGCUCGUGUUCCUGCCCGUGCUGCUCAGCUACGUGGGGCCCGCGCUGCAGGUGCCACCGGGGGAGGACACGCCGGGGGACACCGUGCAGGGGACAGGGCUGGGCCUGGCCAACCCCGGCUUCAAGGACACGGACACGGACACGGACAGGGACAGGGACAAGGGGAAGGACAAGGACAAGGACAAGGACAAGGACAAGGACAAGGACAAGGACAAGGGGAAGGGCAAGGACAAGGGGAAGGGCAAGGACAAGGACAAGGACAAGGACAAGGGCAAGGGGAAGGACAAGGACAAGGACAAGGACAAGGACAAGGGCUCCAGGAAGGGCUGAGCCCCCCACGCCCCCCCGUGCCCCUCCCCCCUUUCUAUUUAAACUGGUUUUGUCACA